AUGACAAAUGGAAAUGAUUCAGAUGACCAUAAACUAAAAACGGAUUUUUGUUUACACAGAGAUUUUUUUGAUGCUUUUCCUGCUUUGGACAUUUAUUACUUGAUCAUUAGAAACAUCAGGAUGGGCUUGUCUUACAGCAUAGAAGGAACAAAAGCAAAAGAACUGUAUGUGGUCUCAGUUGAAGAAAACAUAUCAAGUAAUUAUGAUUGUGAAAAGAAUCUUCCUCAAAAUAUCGACAACAAAAGGCAUCAUCAUCUUUACCCGGGUUCGAUGAACAAAAAACCGAAACAUGAUUCAACUUUCAAAGAGUUAUUUAUGAAACAAUUCACCGAAGGAAUCGAUUGA